AUGCAUCUUGAUCACAAACUGCCAUGGAAGACUAUCGCUUCUCAUUUCACCUUGGCAAAAUCUGAAACAAAUGCCAACUACAAUUUGAAAGCUCUCGGAUUGCCUACCCAGGAUGCAGCUCUUGGACAUUUCAGCCGUGUCUUUAUUGCGACCAUCGAAGAGUUUUCCAAUACCGAAACCUCAAAGAUCAACCCCGAUCAAAUCAACGGAAAGUUAUUCUCAGACGAUGUACUCAACUUUCCAGAACACCAUUUCGACCUAGGCCCGCACGAGGAGAACUCGGCGUUGAAGAAUCCGUUGCAUGCAAAACACCAGGACUUGAACUAUUGGAAGAAACGAGCCACUACCUCGGAGUCUGACACAGGCUAUUGCACUCGAGAUGGAGACUUGGCCGAUGCAGCCAAAAUGCUGGUCAUUACAGCUGCCGUCAGCGACAAUAAAACCAUUCGUCGCGAGGCCCUGUCCGCUCUAUAUCAACUAUCGACGCAUGUUCCCAUGUCCGACUUGCGAUACUUGACCUGGGGUCACGGGUUCGGACUAGAUCUGGUUACUAGUGAAGCCAUGAAACUGUAUGUGCUAUUAAACUUGAUAGAAGCAGUUCAGUCACAAGGUGCACAGCAGGUCUCACUACUGAGAGUUGAGAUACUUCUACGUGUUCUAGGCAAUUACGCACUACAAAACUAUGACUUUCCUGCACAAAAUAUUCCGCAUCGCGCUUUCUGGAAUUCUUUAGGUAUUACAGAGGUUUGGGCUGAUCGACAGGCAGAUGGGAUUAUUGAAAGUCAAGAAGAAGAACCAGUUGUGGACCCUCUAGGGUUUGGAGAUGAUGAAGUCCAUCAAAAGGCAAGGGUUGAUCUUAAAAGGUACUUGAAGGAUUGUUUUGCAAUUUUGUACGUCUAUGAUGUGUUCUUGAAGCAGGUUACGGAUGAAGAAGUGCGCAAGGAGUUUUGGACAUAUGAGAUUAAAAGGGCGGUGUUAGGUCUAUGA